AGUUUUGAGCGCCAUCUUCACUCUGGACGUUAUCCCAAUUCUCUCCACCAAUCUUUCUCUUCCAUCCCAGUUCAUUCUACUCUUCCAAAUGCUCCACACUCAUCAGCUUCAACCUUAUUUCCUCUUUCUUUCGCCACACUCUCAUACGGUGUCGUUUCCCUUCCCAUCCAGAACCACCACCUCUCACUCUCCAAGAUUCCCCGUUACUUCCAUCAGAAGAGGUUCUUCUUCUCUCAGGUUUCGCAAUCGUGGCCGCGCCAGCAUCUCAAACUCCGUCGCCGAUGGCGGAACGGAGCAUCAGAAGCAACCGGUAAACCGGGCCUACCCUUUCCACGAAAUUGAGCCCAAGUGGCAGCGUUUCUGGGAGCACAAUCGCACUUUCCGAACCCCCGAUGACGAUAUCGACACUACGAAGCCUAAAUACUACGUUCUUGACAUGUUUCCUUACCCUAGUGGAGCUGGACUUCAUGUUGGUCAUCCUCUUGGAUAUACCGCCACAGACAUUCUUGCUAGAUUCAAACGGAUGCAGGGGUAUAAUGUGUUGCAUCCGAUGGGUUGGGACGCUUUUGGAUUGCCAGCAGAACAAUAUGCUAUUGAGACAGGAACUCACCCCAAGCUCACUACGGUGAGGAAUAUCAAUCGCUUUCGCACUCAGUUAAAAUCAUUAGGAUUUUCGUAUGACUGGGAUCGUGAAAUCUCUACCAUAGAACCUGACUAUUACAAAUGGACUCAAUGGAUAUUUCUGCAACUUUUAAAGAGAGGAUUGGCAUAUCAGGCUGAAGUUCCGGUUAAUUGGUGUCCCGCACUUGGCACUGUGUUGGCCAACGAGGAGGUAAUUGAUGGUGUCAGUGAACGUGGUGGUCAUCCUGUAAUAAGAAAGCCAAUGAGGCAAUGGAUGCUCAAGAUUACUGCAUAUGCUGAUCGUCUUCUAGAGGAUUUAGAUGACCUUGACUGGCCCGAAAGUGUAAAAGAAAUGCAGAGAAAUUGGAUAGGGAGAUCAGAAGGGGCUGAGAUGGAAUUUUGCAUUCUUGACAGUGAUGGAAAGGAUAGAGACAUAAAAAUUAUUGUGUAUACUACAAGGCCUGAAACGAUCUUUGGUGCAACCUACUUAGUUGUGGCACCAGAGCAUCCCUUGCUGCCGUCAUUGGUUUCCAUUGCCCAGAGCAAACAUGUUGAGGAUUAUGUAGACCUUGCCACAAGGAAGAGUGACCUUGAGAGGACUGAACUUCAGAAAGAAAAGACUGGGGUCUUCACUGGCUGUUAUGCAAAAAAUCCAGCAAAUGGGGAAGCCAUUCCAAUAUGGGUCGCGGACUAUGUUUUAGGGGGUUAUGGAACAGGAGCUAUCAUGGCUGUGCCUGCUCAUGAUUCUCGUGAUUAUGAUUUUGCUCAGAAAUAUGAUGUUCCAAUUUGCUGGGUUGUAACGCCAGAUGGUAAAAGUGUUGAUUUUGGAAAGGCUUUUAACGGUGAAGGCAUUAUUGUAAAUUCAUCGAAUACACUAGUUGGGCUUGACAUCAAUGGCUUGUCCAGCAAAGAAGCUGCUCUGACAGUCAUUGAAUGGGCUGAAAAAAGUGGGAAGGGAAAGAGAAAGGUGAACUACAAGUUAAGGGACUGGCUUUUUGCUAGGCAACGUUACUGGGGUGAACCUAUCCCUGUUAUCUUCAUGGAUGAUAGUGGUGAGACUGUCCCACUGUAUGAGACUGAACUGCCACUUAUUCUACCUGAAUUGGAUGAUUUUUCUCCCACUGGAACAGGCGAGCCUCCUCUGUCUAAGGCAGUAUCUUGGGUGAAGACUGCUGAUAGCUUAUCAGGAAGACCAGCUACUCGGGAAACAAAUACCAUGCCACAGUGGGCUGGUUCAUGCUGGUACUAUUUGAGGUUUAUGGACCCACAUAAUUCCAAGGAAUUGGUUGGUAAGGCUAAAGAAAGGUAUUGGGGCCCUGUUGAUGUAUAUGUUGGGGGUGCUGAGCAUGCAGUUCUCCAUUUACUGUAUGCUAGAUUCUGGCACAAGGUUCUCUUUGACAUUGGUGUUGUGUCCACCAAGGAGCCCUUUCAGUGUGUUAUAAACCAGGGGAUUAUUCUUGGGGAGGUUCAAUAUAUGGCUUGUAGAGAUCAAGAUGGAAACCUAAUGUCUGCUGAUUCAACUGACUUGUUGAAUGAACGUAAGCUAGAAAUAAUUCCUGCAGAAAAGGUCAUGAAAUCUGGGGAUUCCUUUGUCCUGAAAGAAAAUCCUAACAUACGGUUACAUGCUCGAGCUCACAAAAUGAGUAAAAGUAGGGGAAAUGUUGUUAAUCCAGAUGAUGUUGUUUCUGAGUAUGGUGCAGAUUCUCUUCGAUUAUAUGAAAUGUUCAUGGGACCAUUGAGAGACUCGAAAACAUGGAGUACUAGUGGCAUUGAAGGUGUACAUCGGUUCUUGGGAAGAACUUGGAGGCUCAUUGUUGGUUCACCUUUGUCUGAUGGAACAUUUAAGGAUGGAACUGUAUCAGUUGACGAGGAGCCUACUCUAGAACAACUUCGCUGUCUUCACAAAUGCAUUGCCAAGGUAACAGAGGAAAUUGAGGGCACACGAUUCAACACUGGAAUUUCUGCAAUGAUGGAGUUCCUUAAUGCGGCAUAUAAGUGGGAUAAACAUCCAAGGUCGGUCAUUGAGGCAUUUGUUUUGCUGCUUUCACCGUAUGCACCACACAUGGCGGAGGAGCUAUGGUCUCGACUAGGGCACAGAAAAUCAUUAGCCUACGUGCCUUUCCCUAAGGCAAAUCCGACUUACCUGAAGGAUUCCACCGUAGUCCUUCCAGUACAGAUUAAUGGCAAGACAAGAGGGACCAUCGAGGUUGAGGAAACAUGUUCAGAGGAGGAAGCUUUUGUCUUAGCAUCUAGGGAUGAAAAGCUAUCAAAGUAUUUGGAUGGUCAAUCUGUCAAAAAAAGAAUUUACGUUCCUGGAAAGAUUUUGAAUGUUGUUUUGGACCGUGAAAACAGUAAGGUUGGUGUACAGUAGUUGCUUCCGCUCGUGUCCGUUUGUACUGGAAGCAACGGUAAAUAGUUUAUGCUGUGCCUGGUCGACUUGGCAAUGGCCGGAGAGUUAUGGCUCUGUUGGAUGGAAAGUGUGAGCUAGCCCAGUAUUUACCUGGUAUGACUGUUUAUGAUUUGUACACUAUUUUAACAGGUGCAUAACUUAAUAGAAGAGGGGCAGCGUGGGUUUCCAACUUGCUUUGAUAGUUGCAUGCUAUGGAUGCAAAAUCAAUUAAUUUGUUUUUCACUCUGCCAUUUUACGAGGUUAGAACGGUGAAUAAAUUCUUAAAUUUUUUACUUUA